AAGAGGCGCAGGAAGAGUAUUGUCAAAAUAUUUUUGGUGCAGCUGGCUAUGUCGCAGAGCGUGAGUGUUUCGGAAUUGUUUGGAGAAUACGAGGCUGACUUCGAACGGUUGUGCCACGAGGCAAAUGAAUUCCUCGAAUCUGCUAAAUCGGAAUCCAGUGGCCGCUCAAAGCAGUUAGCCACAGCUGAGCGCCGGUUGGUCGAGGCUGAGCAGGCCCUGAAACAGAUGGAGCUUGAAGCUCGAGCCAUGCCACCGGAGACUCGGCAGAAGCUUCAAGAGAAGAUAAAAAGCCACAGACAACGGAUAGCCGAGCGCCGGAAGGAGAAAGAUGCCAUUAACCGAAGCGCUUUAUUUGGAGAAGUUGUGGGGAAAACCGCAGACGAGCACGGGAGAGCUGAGGACAUGAAUGAGUCCAUGCUUGAGGCCUCACGAAAGCUGGCUGAGGCAAAGCGCACGGUGCUGGACUCCGAGCAGAUUGGUAUUGAUGUCAUGGGUGAUUUACGACUUCAGCGUGAGGUGAUUGUCAGAAGCCGUGACAACAUGGGGAAAGCUGGGCAGAACUACAGCAUGGCUGGGAAAACGUUAGAGGGAAUGCUCCAGAGGGCAGACCAGAAUCGCAAAAUGGUUUGCUUCAUUGCUGGUUUGAUGCUGGUGAUGUUGAUCAUCGCUUUCUAUUUCUUGGCUACCGGUGGAUGACAUGCAAGCUGGCUUGCGUCUCGCAA